AUGGAACUCGACACUCCCAAAAGCCCUGCAAAGAAUGAGCGAAUCGUUUUGCGACUUUCACUCGGUCACCACAAUCCGCCAGUGGAAGAAACGCCAAAUAAUGACCAAGAGAAGGAGAUGGCGAUGAUUGCCCCAAUAAAGCUGCGCAUUAAUUUAACAAAGAUGAACGAAUCAAUCGUUGUGGAGGAGAAUCUUGAGCCUGGAGAAGUUAAACAGCAGUUUGAAGACGAGGUUGAACAAGAGUUAGAAAACAAUGCUGAAAAACAGUUAAAAGUCGAAUCGCUUGCUGAGAACACCAAUGACAGAGAUUUUCUUCCGGAUAUGAGCGAUGACGACAAGCCAAGCAAAAGCACUGAAAAUAACAAUUGCGCCUGGGAUUUCGAUUUGAUGAUGGAACGAAAGAAAAAGGAACGAGCUCGUCGAAGAUUUUUCCCAACUUGCGAAGUGAUCAAUGACAACGACGAUAAAAUUGUCAAAUUAGUUGAUGCCAUGAAAUUGGCUGCUCAGAAUGAUCGUCAGUCAUAUGAAAUGAAGGUGCCAGCUUUGAAAAAACUCAAGCUGCUUCCCAAGGUUAAGGAAAUGCUACUGAAGUCUGAACUAUUCGAUGCACUAAUCGACAACGGAAUGAUUGCUGUCCUGGCCGACUGGAUGAGCCUUCUUCCUGAUAAUACUCUUCCCAGCUUAGAUAUUCGUACGACAAUUCUUAAACUUCUGCAGCAAUAUGAUUUGGAACAAGAAACCCUUCGUUGUUCUGGAAUGGGAAAAGAGGUGAUGGCAAUCUCCAAGCACCCCAAAGAGAGUGCGGAGAACAAAAGGCUUGCACAGAAGCUCAUUCACAAGUGGGCACGACCAAUUUUUGGACUACCGACGAGCUAUGCAUCUUUGACACGGGACGAACGACGACAAAUUGACUACGAUCACAUGAUGGCCAUUCAAAAAAGAGGAGAAAAGCGUCUUGCCGAAGAGCCACAUUUUGACGAUUCGGAGCUAAAGCAGGACACAGAAGAACUGCAUCUCCGCGCUAGAGUCCCGAAAAUCAGCCACACCACCUACUUUAUUCGUCCAAAGAGUGGAUAUGAUAAGGAAAAGACGGAGGAAGAAGAUGAUGAAGUCGAAAUCCCGCCUUCUCGUAUGAUCAAGCAGAGUUCCGCUUUGUCUUUUCGAAAGAGGUCGCUGAAAAAGGGAUCAUAUCUUCGUUCCCCAAGCUUUCAC